AUGAAGACAUCUAAAUUCAUAUCUAAUAAUAAUCUAUAAGUUUCGACUUUAGAAGAUCCAAACUAGAACGAAGGUAUUGAACAGUUAUAAAAUCCAAAUUAUUUUGAAUUUUCAAAUUAUCACCUAAAGGUCCAAAAUUAGCUCCCUUAUAUUCAAUUAAGAGGAGGUGGAUGUUGUGGAGCAACAAAAGCCCAUCAGAAUUUGAUUUAUGAAGAUAAAUAACUUGAAGAGAAUUUCGCCUCAAAUUUAGAAAAGUUUACAAACAUAAUAGUUGAAAAAUCCUUAAGUUUUCAAGAUAAAUUGUAUUAGGAUGAGGUACUUUCAGCAUUUUAAUGGUUUUACAAUCAUAAGUAGUAAUUUCAUAUACUCUGUUAAGAGGAAUCUUUAGUCUUAAAAAAUUAUGAAUUAAUAGAAAAAAUAACUGAAUAAUUAUUGAAACAAUUAACUAUUUAUAUCAAACUUUCGGGUUUCCUAUUUUAUACUUUGCUCUAAAUUUGUAAUGAUCUAUUUAGAAUAAUAUUUUCGUAUUAAUUAAAAAAUGAAGAAAGAUACAUGUAGGAAGACUUAAAACAAAAAUUUUUGGGAUAUAUUUCUGAAAUAGAAUCUCAAAUUAGUGUAGAGGCAAUUAAUAUUUGGCUGAAUGGAGUGGAAUUUGAGCUUUAAAUGAUCAAAACCUGCAUUGCUCAUUGUAGAACAAACUCUGGAAAAGGUAAAGAAUUAGCAAUCUCAAUUUUGUGUGGAUUGAUGUCAUCAAUAUCAUAACUGAAACCUAGUGAUGAAUUAAUAAAUUCAUUAAUUGAAGGUGGUAAAUUUUUACUGCUGAAUUUCUAUGAUAAAAAAAUUUAAAAUCCUCUAGAAAUAUAUGAAAUCUACUUUUUUUUCGAAAAUCUCAAAUGGUAGAUCUUGAAUUAAUUAAGAUUGGGAUACUCAACUUAGAAUAUUAUUAAGCAACUUCAAGAUGGAUAUUCAAAGUAUAUAAAAUUUUCUAAGGAUUGGAUGGUGCAUUAUUGUUGGGUCAACCUGGUAUCUGAUCUUAUGUGUUACAGACCAAUAAUUCAUAAGAAUUAAUUAGCAUAUCUAUUAUAAUAAGGAACCACUGAAUAAGAAGUUUGGGAACGCCUAAUUAAUUAAAGUUAAAUAAUUCAGUUGCCAUAUGAUAAAUUUGCUGGUAAACUAAUUAUAUUUAAAAAAUCAAAUGUAAUCUUCAAAAAGUUUAGAACAUUCAAAUUAUUUUAAGAGUACUUGAUUCAAAAUUAAACGGAUACUUAAUUAUUACCAAACUAUAUCAAUUUUAAUUUCAAUGAAAACAAAGGUUAGUAAAUAACUCAUGAGGACCUUUUUAUUCAACAACUAGCCAAUUAAUCAAAUUUAGAAUUAUUAAAAGCUUUAAUAGCUUAAUUAGUUUCUAUAAAAGAGUAGUUACUAAGUAAUUUGGAAGCUCUUAAAUUAUAAAUAAAUUAAUAUAAUAGCUAAUUAUAAAAUAAUAAACUGCUAGAAAUAAAAAUAAGCAGGCAAGACGUAAUGUUUCAGAUGUGUUAAAUAAAAUAAUCAAGCUUCUUAUUAUACUGCUUAUUAAACGAGAUAUGUUUAUUAAUAAAUAAAGAGCUCUCUAUGAAUUCUAUUUUCUAAACCAUAUUACAAGGGACUAGUGAAAAUUUAAGUGAGAAACAGAAAUAAUAAAAGCAAAAGUCGUUAACAGUUAUUAAAGAAAUUGAAAACAAACAUUCAACAGAAUUUCUAAAUAAUCUACAAAUAGUAUCUAGAUUUUGGAUAUAAAUAUGUUAAUUUACAACUAUUUCCCAUGAAGAAUUAAUUGUUGGUAAGCUUGAAAUGGAAGAACCACUUGAAUCAAAAAUAAGCUAAAAUAUUAUAAUUAUUACGAACAUCAUUAAUUAUUUAGAUAAAUUUGUUGAAUAAUAAGUGUCCAUAAAGAGAAAUUGUUUAUCAAUUUUAGAGUAGAAAUAAUUCCAAGGAUUUAUGAAAGAACCAAUUUCCUAAAUAAGAAUAGCAUCAUAAAUUAUUAAGUUACUUAAUCCAAACUUGAUAUUAGCUUUAGUUAAUGAAAUUCUUGAACAUUUUAAAGUCUUGUAAAAGGAAAAAUUAAAUAUUGAAAAAGUGUCUGAUAUAAGAACAAUUUUGAUAAUGAUUUAUUCUAAUUUAAACAUAUACAAGGGAUUAAGAAUCAUUCUUAAAUUACAUCAGAGAAAAUUGAUAUCUUUAUCAGCAUAAUUAUAAGGAGUGUUUGCAAAUAAAAGUAUCCAAGCAGAAGGGUAAAUUCAAAAUUAAAAUGAUAUAAACGAAUAUAUUAAAUCCUAAAUUUUGGAUAAAAAAGAUUGUUUGUAAAUGCUUUUUAAAAAAUAUUAAAAUGUAGAAUUCACAAAAGAUAUAUAAAUAGAUUUUAAUAAUAUAUCAAAUUAAAUUAUUAAAGAAAAAAAUGAAAUAUUAAACAAGGAUUGGGAUGAAUCAAUUAAGGCUGAUUAUUUAUUAUUAUUAUCAAAAAUCAAAACAAAAUUGGGAUUAAUUUGUUUAGUUCAGGAGAAUAAAGUUGUUAUUUAAUAAGAAAUUAUUAGAUUAUUAGAUACCAAACUAUACGACUUAAAUUAGGUUGAUAAAACAGAGAAUAUUGUGUAAUUAGCUAAAGUUCAAGUAUAAUUGGACUAAGUAGAAAUAUUGAAAUUGUAAAUGAAAGAUAUAUUUGAUUGUGAAAGUCCAAUUUAAAUGAUAGAAGAUUUAAUAAGUAAAUCAAAGAUUUUAAAAGAAAUAAUUUAGUGCCAUCUUCCUGAUACAACUUCUUAAGAUUAAUAAAUAAAUUUAUCAUUAUUAAAUAAUUUAAAGAACAACUUUACAGAAAGUUUGAAUCAACCAUUUAAUGAUUUAUUGCAAAACACUUUGGGAUGCUGUUAAUAAAUUAACAAAAAUGAAUAAAUUGUUUUGGAUGAGGAAUUUAUGAUAAAGCUUGAAAAUCAACCGAAUAUAGAAUAAAUUCCUACAAUUAUAUAAAUAUUUAACUUUAAUACUCUCUUCAUUGAAGAAUAACUAAUGUUACCAUAGGAUGUCAAAAUAGAUAAAAUAUCAAAUAUGAUUAUGCAGUUUAAAAAUGAAUUAAAGACAAAUUACAAAGAGGGAUUAUUUGAUAUUUUUUAAAGUUCUUCAUAUAAAGUUAGGGAAUUAUUAGUAUUCAAUUUAAUUAAGAUGCAAUCCAUAGUUUAAGAAGAGACUAUAUAAGAGUUUUGUGAAAAUUUAUUAAAACAAAUUUGGAUAAUUGAAAAACAUCCUAGUGUUAGAAACCUACUUAAAAAUGAAGAAAUGAUAAUGAUGUAGAGGAAGUUAUUCUCAAAAGAUUUACAGAAUUUCUCAAUUAAAUUGAAAACAGAAAUGCAAUCAAGAUUAAAAUAAAUAUAACAACUAGAAAACUAAGUAUUACUUAGUGACAAUUAGGAUGAAAUGAAACUAUAACUCUAACAGGCAUAUGAUAAUUUUGAGAUAUAUUUGGAUAAUAUUACAGAUAUGUCACAAAGAUUAGAUAUUAGUUUAAUAUUUUUAAGAGAAAUUAGCAAAGACUUGAAAAAUAUUAAAUCUUCAAUAGACUAGGUACUAUCAAGUGUAAAAUAAGUUGAAGAUGAUGUAAGGAGAUUAAGAGGAAAGAAUUUUUAAGAAUUAUUAAAUAUAAGAAAGCAGAAGGUCAUAAUAUCAUAGCACGAAUAAUAAUUAGAUUAAGUUCAUAUAUAGAUAAAAACUUAGGACUACGAUCCUAUCUCUGGAAAUAAGAAAACUAAUAGCAUUGGAGAAUUCACAACAUUUUUAAUUGCAAACAAACAUGAUGAUUUUGAUGGAGAAGUUAAUGAAUUCUUAUGGAGUGAUUACGAAAAGAAAAAGGAUAUCAUGUUAAUAAAAGGCAAAGCAGGUUCAGGAAAAAGUAGAGCAUCUAGAAAUAUAGAAGAAUUAAUCUGGAGUUGUGAUUAGAUAUCCCCAAAUUGGAUCCCAAUUUAUGUAUCGCUUCCUUCAUUAAAAGAUCCUAAUCAUAAUUUGAUUGAUUAAGCUCUUGAAUCUGAAAAUUAUAAUUUUGAUAAAAUUCAGGUAAGAGAAUUCAAGGAGGCCAUAAUAAAUGGAAAUCUAAAAAUUGUGAUUAUAUUAGAGAGCUAUGAUGAGAUGAAAUUUAAAAGUAUUGGAACAAAUCUAUACUAAACUAAUAGACUGGCUUAAGAUCUCAACAUCUAAGCAUCUGAUUUAACUGUUAAGAUUAUUAUUACUACAAGAGAUGAAAUAUUAAAUUAAAUUGGAUAUCAAACGUGGUUUUACGGUUAGAGUAUUGAAACUCUAAAAGAAAUUGAAAUAUUACCAUUUAGUGUAGAAUAAAGCACAUAAUAUAUUAAAAUAUAUGUUUAAAUAAGUAUAAAGAGAACGGUUAAAAGGUUUUAUGAAUUUCUUAAAUAAUUAAAGGAUAGAAUUUCAUUUUAGAUGAAUUCAGGUUGAUAUGGAGUCAAUUAGAAAGUACUAUUUGUUCUAUUAUUUAAUAACAACAAAAUUCUGAAGCGUUAUUUUUGACCUAGGAUUUAGAUAAGCUUAUAUAGAAAAUGUAAACAAUAGAAUUUUUUUAAUUUAUCAAUUCAAAUUAGAUGGUUUCUCUAAAAAAGGAAUUGCUUUAAUUAUGGGGUGAACAAAGAUUUUUAAAAGUAGUUUAGAAUAUUAAUAUAUUUCAUAUGAUGGGCACUCCUUUUAUGAUGGAGAUUAUUGUUUUCAUAUUACCAAAAAUGUUACAAUAUUACUCAUAAUCAAAUUCAAUUCGAGAUAUUUUAUAAAAAAACUUUAUGGUUUUAAAAAGAGAAGCUAAGAAAUCUGAAUUUAAACUUGAAAAAUACUUGGUAUAGUAAAUAAAUUAAGGUUAGAAAUCGAGGGAUUAAAAUUAAAAGGAUAUGAAGGCUAAGGAACAAAACUACGAACUUGAAAGAUAAUUUGAUUAGAUUAUAGAAGAUUUAGAUAGUUAAAACUUUUUUGAAUCAUUUUCUUUAGCUAACUCUAUACAAUACAUAAAUAAUACUACUAUUUUUUCAAACAAAUCCUUUAUAGUGAGGUUUGAUGCCAAUUUUAUUGUUUCUGCUUUCAAGUUAAAUUAAUUUAAUGCUUUUGACUUUUAUCAUAUAUUUGUAAAUUUCUAUCACAAUUAACAAUUACAAAAGUUGAAAGAUUUGGGUAAAAGUCUUCAACAUGAAAGCUUUUUGUUAGACCUAUAAGACAUUUCUAUGUAUUUGGCUAUAGAUAUGACAUAGCGAUAAAUUACCCAAGUAAAUUAUCAAUAAAAAGGAAAAUUAUUUAUAUAAUAAGUUGAGAAAGAGAGGAAAAUUGAGGUUUCUUGGGAAGAUUCUUAUUUUAGUGAGAAUUAAGAAGAUUUCGAAUAUAAAGCACUUUUACAUAAGUGUAUGUUGAUUAAUUCAAAGGGUAGUGUUUAUACCUUCAAUCAUAAAUCAAUUUAGGAAUAUUUUGUGGCCAAAUACCUUCUGAAUUUGAUUAAUAGAAUCUUUAUCAAUGAGACACAAAAUGUUGACUAAGAAACAUUAGCUUAAAGCAGUUUUAAUAAUGAAUUAUUUAAUUUAUCACUAGAACAUUACAUAGGUACUUUAGAAUUAUUAAAACCAAAAAUAACAAAGAUUGAAAAAAUUAAGAAUAUACUAAUUCGAUUAGCCUCAUUAUCAUAAAAAGAUUAAGAAAUUAAUUUUACUAGAUCUUCUUCUAAUUCACUUUAUCUUUUAAGCUAUUUAAAAGAACAUUUGGAAGAUCUUGAUUUAAGCAAAGUAUAAAUAAAAGAUACAAAAUUAAAUGGAUUAAGUUUCUAUAAUUGUAAUUUAAAUAAUACAGAAUUUACUAAUGUUUCGAUUGAUUCAUGUAAUUUUAACUGUGCAACAAUAGAGAAAGCAAAUUGGAAAGAUAUCAUUUGCAAAGAAAAACCAUCAUUAUUUGGUCAUAAAUCUAACAUAAAUUAAAUUGCUUUUAGCGAUGAUGGUCUUAAUUUAAUAUCGAGCAGUAAAGAUGGAGUGAUAAAUCUGUGGUAGUUAUAAGGCGAUGGAGAUUUUAAGAGUAUAUCCUUGCCAGAAAAUUAAACAUUACUAACAUUCUCUAGAUGCAACAACUUUUUUGCAUGUCUUACUAAGGAUAGAAUAUAUUUCUUUAAUCCUAAUGAUCUGUGUUAAUUAACAUAUUAAUCAUUAAUCAAUUAUGAAUACUAAAAUCUGUUUACAUCAUCCAAUGGUGAAUAUUUGGCAGCUGAAACGUUUUCAAAUCAAUUACACUUUUGGAAAAUGCAAAAUCUGCAGCAAUAAAAAUAUUAAUAGAAAUAUGUACUAAAACAAAACUAAUAAGGUUUAAUAAGUACUAUUGUAAUUUCCUCUAACUUUCAACUUAUAGCCACAGCUGGCACUCAAAUUAAAAUUUGGAAUGCUAAAAAUAUUAAAGAUAUUUAAGAAAUUCUAGAAUUUCCAAUGUAAGAAGAAUAUACAUUCGCAAUUGCAUUUUCAAACGAUUCUAAAAUCUUUGCAACAGGAGGAAAAAACAAUAAAUUAGAAUUCUGGAAUAUUGAGAACUUAAAUCAAAUUCAUUUAUUAUUUUCCAUAGUUUAAUAAUAGAGCAUACUAUAAAUAGGUUAUUCAAAUGAUGGUAAAACGUUUGCUUCAAGGUAGGCCAGAUCACUGAAGUUAUAUGAUGUAUAAUAGAUGCUUGAUCAAUAAGACUUUUUAAGAAUAGAUACUUCAUUUGAAAUUAAUUUAGUUGAGAUAUCACCUGGCUCUUAAAUGAUAGCUUGUUGCCAUCCCAAAAAAGAUGAGAAGGACAAUCCUAAAAUCCAAAUAUGGGAGGUGAAAAAUCCUCCCCAAAUUAAGAAGCUCUGUAUGUUUGUAGAAUAAACUGAAAAUAUUACUUGCCUAAAAUUCACAAAUGAUAAUUUAGUUUUAGGCUCAGGCAGCAAAGAUAAGACUAUUUGUCUAUGGGAUUUACAAAAACAGAAACUAAUUGUAAAAUUAAAAACACACACAAAUUAGGUAUUAGAUUUUGGAUUUUCAACUGAUGGAACAAAAAUGGUGUCCUGUAGUUAAGAUAAAACAAUUAUUAUUUGGAAUAUCAUAGAUUUAGAACAACAGCAAUUUUAAAUAUAAAAGUAAUUGCAAAAUGAAGCCAAUAGAGUUGUUUUUUGGCCAACAACAUAAUUUUUUGUUUCUUUUUUAGAACAAUUUUUUCUAAAGAUAUCAAAUUAUGGAAUUCAGUUGAAUUUAGCUUAAUUUAAAGUGAGACGAUCGAAUCAAAUAUUUAAGAUAUAGAUUUUAGUCAGAAUGGUGAGAUUAUGGCAUCGCUGAGCAAGAAUGAAAUUAGAAUCUGGAAAAUACAUGAAUAAUCCAUUAGGAUUGAGAAAAAUAUUAGAAUUGAUCAUUCAAUAAAAAAAAUACUUUAUUUAAAUAGAUAAAAUAUUAUUGUUCAAGGUAAUUUUGUUGAACAAUUAGCAAUUGUGGAGGAACUUAUAACAUAACAUCGAUUUGAAUUUUUAAACUAUUUUUAGUAUGUAUCAGUUGCGUAAAAUAAAAAAUUUCUAGUGACUGGAUAUGAAAGUUAAUUAGAAAUUACAAUUAUUGAAAGUUAGAAUCCAAAUAUGUUAUACUUCACAAAUGAUUGCGUCGACUUCUAAUUUUCAAAAGAUUCUUCUCUAUUGGCUUUCGCUACUUGUAAAGGAGCAUUUGUUAAAAAUAUUAGAACUAAUUAAAUAAUUCAGAAAUUUGAAUAAGAUAGCGAUUGUAGCUCUGUCUGUUUCAUUGGUUAAGAUUAAUUAGCAAUUGCGUUAGAAAGAGGUGAAUUAGUUUUGUAUAAUAUACAAGAUUCUUAAUUAACAUAAAAAUUUGCAAACAUAUAAUUACCUUGCAUUCCAUCAAAAAUUUCAUUUUUAGAACAAAGACAAUAAAUUUUUAUCAUAAACUAAACCUAUAUUAUAUUGAUAAAUUUAUCAAAAAUAGCCUAACUUUAAUUGGUCCAAUUUGAUUAAACGAUUAAAUCAAAAGAUUUUAUCUUAGAUUCAGACUAAUAAUAUAUUGGUGUAGCCUUGGAAAAUCAGAUCUGUUUUAUACCUUUAGAAAAUACUAUCAUAAUGGAGAAGGUAUUUAAAUUGAUUGUAAAUCAGAAAGAUUGUAUAUGAACUUUUCAUAAAAUAAUAGUAAUCUUUUCACUAUAGUUUUCAAAAAUUCAACAUUAAUUUAAGUUGAAAUUAAUUCUAAUUUAAUUCAUAAAUAAAUUAAGUUGGAAAUAAAGAAUUUGAUAUUUUUAACACUUAAUCAUAAAGAAACUUAAUUAAUUGCAAUUUAAGAAGAAGAAUAAUAAUAACAACAACCAAAAAUAUAAAAAUCAUCUCUUUUUGAUAUAGAAACAAAUAAAAUAAUUUCAUGCUUCGAAGAAAUAGUUGAUCCAAAAUUUCAUUAAUCAGAACAGGCCAUAUUUUCUUAAGAUGGACUAUACUUUAUUUCAAGUUAUUAUGACUUAGUUAUUAAGUUAUGGGAUGCUAAAACUUGUAAAUUGCUUUCAAAGUUUAAAAGUAAUACGCCUUCCAUAGAAUUCAUUCGAAUUUCAAAAAGAGGAAUAAUUGCUUAAGUAAGUGAAUAAGUAAUAAAGUUAUGGAAUUUAAAAGCUUUAAAAUAAUAAUCAUUUGAAAUGGAUGGUCAUUCAGAUUAUGUUAAUUCCAUAUGCAUUGCAUCAGAUGGAUUGUAAUUGGUUUCAGCGUCAGAUACCGAAAUCAUUAGAUGGGAUUUGAAAGAACUUAAGAAGAUUGAUACUUUAUUAAAAGGUAAAAGGAUGCCAAGGAUAAUUUGCUUUGCACCUAAUUGCUAAUAUUUAUCUGCUCUGGAUGGUCAACAAGGAUUCCAUAUUUGGAAAUUAAAUACAAAAUAUAUUAUUGAACAUUUUUUUGUAUUUUCAAAUAUAUUUGAUGAAAAACCAACUUUUACUAUUGAUUCGACUCAACUUAUUUGUCAGUAAAAAGAUUAUUCAAAAUUAUUUAUUUUCAAUUUAGAGUAAGCGUGCAAAUAAACAAAAAUUUUGAAUUAAUAAAAAUUAAACUUUAAAUCAAGAGCUAUUAUUCUUUCAAAAAAUUUAUUGAUAAAAACAAAUCCUCUAGAAGUAAUUCAAACAAAUAAAUCUGUAUUGAAGAUUGAAGAGAUGGAAGGAAUAGAAGUUAAUAAAGUAAAAAAAGUGGCUAUUUGUGUUACUAAUUUUAGAUUGGCUAUCUAUGAAGAUCAUAAUUAUGUUAUAAUCAUAUGGUCAAUAGAAAAAAAAUAGCAAGAAUCUAUCUUAUAGGACCCAUCAGUAAAAAAUAUCGAAGUAUAAUUUUUGGCUUUUUCUGGUAAUGGUAAAUUACUCUUCUCUUUUCAUAAUGAUGAAAAGAUAAGAGUGUGGGACUUGAGUGAUAAAUUUUCUUUAAUAAAAGUUUAGGAUCUUUGGACUUUCCCUAAUUCUUGUCAAUUCUUAUAUCUAUAGAUAUAUCCUGUAAAAGAUGAAGAAUUCAUGGUUGUCUCGGAAUAAGCAAUUCGCGAUGGUUGGGACCUUGGCCACUACGAAAUUUUCUGUUAUCACAAGAUAGGUAUAUCAUUAGAAGCCAGUUAGGAUGUAUUCGGCAAGUAUUCUGUUGGAUAUAGUGAAUCCUAUAAUUUUAUAGCAAUCUAAUUUUAAACUAAAUUAAAUUUAUAUGACAUAUCGUCAUAAACCAGGCAAUUGAUUGCAAUAUUAGAAGGGAACUAAUUUAAUGAAGAAUUAUUUUCUUCAAUUUUAGCUUUUUCAUAAAAUGGGAAGAGUCUAUUAUCUAUAGGACAAGACCACACAAUACGGUUAUGGGACAUCACUGAUAAGAAUUCUAUAAAAAUAAACCUUAAUCUAACAAAACCAGUUGAAGCUCUAUCAUUGUUAUUUUUAGACCCAAAAACAAUUAGGAUUUUUAGUAAAUCUGGAGAAAUUAUUGAUUAAAACAUUUCUGAUUUUACCCAAAUAGGGAUUAUUGUAGAUAAAAAUGAUUUCAUUUCUCAAAGAUAAUCUAUUGAGAUAUAAAGAUAUAGUGGUAAAUUUGAAAACAGAAAUUUAUAGAUUUUUGAUACCCAAAAAAAUGAAUUAAAGUACACAUUGAGUUAUUUCAGUUCUCCGAUAACGUGUUUAUAAUUUACUCCUUCUGGAAAAUAAUUCAUACUUGGAAUGAAUGAUGGUUCAAUCCUACUUUAUAAGAUUGAUAAUGAAACAUUAAAAAAUUAUGAAUCACCAGUUUGUUAUUAUAAGUUUGCAAAAAGUCCACUUAUCGAAGCGUUUUUUUGUAAAAUUGAAUAAUCUAAAUUUCAAAAUAAUGAAAAAGAAAACCUUGAAAAAUUAUUUUCAUAGAAAAGACUUAAUAAAUGA